AUGGAGUUGUCAGCCCUGCACCUGUUUCCCCCCUUUAUAACCAUUGAUUCCCAUGUUUCUGUUGAAGCUGCCCGAGUUUAUCGCUUCCCGGUGUUUGAGAGAAGCUUCUGUGAGCAGCUGGUGGAGGAGCUGGAGCACUUUGAGCAGUCCUCCGCCCCCAAAGGAAGACCCAACACCAUGAACCACUACGGGAUCCUGCUGAAUGAACUGGGCUUCGACGAGGGCUUCAUCACGCCGCUCCGCCAGCGUUACCUGCAGCCGCUCACCUCCCUGCUCUACCCCGACUGUGGGGGGGGCAGCCUGGACAGCCACAAGGCCUUCGUGGUGAAAUACGACAUGGACGAAGACCGGGACCUGAGCUACCACUACGACAACGCAGAGGUCACGCUGAACGUUUCCCUCGGAAAGGACUUCACAGAGGGAAACCUUUAUUUUGGGGAUAUGAGACAGGUAGCUCUAAGUGAGAUGCAGUGUUGGGAGGUGGAGUACAGGGUGAGCGAGGGUCUCCUGCACCGGGGCCAGCAGAUGCACGGGGCCCUGCCCAUCUCCUCGGGCCGGCGCUGGAACCUCAUCGUCUGGAUUCGAGCGUCGCAGGAGCGCAACAAGAUCUGCCCCAUGUGCAACCGCAGGCCGGAGCUGGUGGAGGGCGGGGGCUUCGCUGACGGCUUCACCAAACCCUGCAUCGCCCCACUGAACGCUGCAUGUGUGCUAACGUGACCAGAAAUACCCCCAGUUAACGGGAGGGAACCCCCAGUUAAUGGAAGAAAUUAGUAGUUGAAAGAACAGGGUAUGUGUCACUUUGGUAUUUAUGACAUGUUGAGUGAUUUUUAUGACCCCCCAUAAAACCUAAAUCCCUUUGAUGUGACAGGUGUCAGUGCACCUGUUGUAGUGCCCCCCUAAUAAACCAUUGUCUUCAUUCUU